AUGUUGCUCGUGAAAAAGAAAGCCAAUCAAAAGUUGAAUGCACGGAUGACCGAGUCAGUGUGUUAUGUUAUUACGUCCCAGCUGUUCAGUCAUCGGUGUGCGCCGGCGCAUCUAAGGUCUAGUUCGUGCGGCUUCGGAGACGCUCGGCCGUAUUCGGCGAGGAGAGGGAGAGCCCAGAGACAAGUGGGGCGCGAGCGUCGACCGGGGGCAGCGUGCGGCCUUGACUCUUGCGUCGCCCCCGCCCCGCGCGGCAGCCCGCUCCUAGCAGCGCUCGCCUUGCCACAUUAUUUAUGA